CAGAGCCUGCUCCGCUUUCUUUUGCCAUUGUGCUCUGGUGUUUCUUUUUCUCUUUUUUUUCUCUUGAGCCACCAUGCCUCCCAAGACGGCCGACGAGGAGCUCGCCGAACUGGAGAAGCUGGCCGAGGCACCCGCACCCCCGCCUAACAAGCAUGCCAGAGGGACUCGUGCGCCUCGCCAGAAGUUUGAGGUCGAGGACGAUGCGCUCAAAGACCUCGACGAGCUCGAGCAAUUGGGAAAGGCGCCGCAGUCUGCCGUGCCUCGCCAGAUCAGCCGCCCCAACACCCCCAAAGUAGCGUCGUCGUCCUCCAGCAGCCGCCGGGCACCAGGCGUCGCGACACCCUCAUCUACCGGCUCAGCACGCACAAGCGAAGACAACAGGCCGUCAGCACCGAGGAAGUCCGGAGAGAGCACCCGCUCCUACCACCAGAGCUUUGUGCCGCCCAAAGAGGAGCCUGCCAAAGCACAAGCAUCCGAGCCAAAAGAGGAACGCUCGUCUGGAGGGUCAUGGUGGGGAGGCGGAUGGGGAGGGCUUGUGUCGACUGCCACUGCAGCAGCAGAGACGGCGCGGAAGCAAGCCGAGGCGGCCUACCAAGAGAUCCAGAAGAACCAAGAGGCUCAGCGAUGGGCGGAGCAAGUGCGAGGGAAUGUCGGCGCCCUUCGCGGCAUUGGCGGCGAGCUUGGCAAGCGUGCGGUACCUACCUUCACCAACCUCUUGAACACACUCGCACCGCCAAUCUCUCAGCAUGAACGACUGCAGAUUCACAUUACACACGACCUCAUCGGCUACCCCUCCCUCGACCCACUCAUCUACCAAACCUUCUCUGGGGUCAUGGCACAAGUAGAAGGCGGCGACCUCAUGGUCGUCCAGCGCGGCUCCGAGUCAACGCAGCGAGGCUCAUUGGAGGGGUACCGGGGUGGUGGCGGAAGCUGGAACGACGGUCCAUGGUGGCGCCACACGGAGAAGCGCGACUUGAGUGUGGUCAAAGGGCUUGUUGAAGGCACCAAGCUUGCUCGAGUCAGUGCCGAAUCCUAUGCCAACGAGUUUUUCAACGCAAGAGGAGGCAUAGAAGCGGCGGCAAAGCAAGCAACGGAAGUGCUGAGCGAGACAAACCCUGUGAGGAGCAGCGACAUAUUUAUUGCAAUCCAGGCCAUCAGUUACCCGCAACAAGAAGGUCUGUUUGCAACUUCAUCUGCAGGUCAGAAGGGGAAAGCAGAAAAUGACGAUGACGACGACGACUCAGACGACUCAGAUGAUGACGAAGACGAGGACGAAGACGAAGAGCAGGUGGCAUUCGCAAUCUACCUAUAUGAUCCCAUACACAGCAUUAGCUUCAAGGGCCUUUCACAAUCGAUUCCCGCCAAGUGGGUAGAGUGGCUGGACGCGCCCGCCAGCACCGAGGCCGAGGGCGAAGAAGGCCGACUACCACAAGAAAUUGCAGAAAUCAUUGAGAGUGGAGGAGUCGAUCCACGAGAGUGGGUUAGUGAGUGGAUGGAGGAGACUAUCAACCUCAGUGUAGGCAUUGUAGCGCAGCGCUAUGUUGCACGCCGGAUGGGAGUUGGUGAAGGCGGUCUUGGUAGAGGAAUGAAGAGGGAGGCGAUUGUGGAUGCUGGAGGAGGCGAAGCUGCACGAGCUGGAAUCAUUUGAGGAGUUUUCUGGUUUGCAAAGUUCUUUUUAUUUCUCGGUUCAACGGCACGGCUCGGACUAUAACUACAUGACAGCUCAAAUGAGAUGAGGAAAGCAUCUCGUAUGCUUGCAAGAUGGGUUUCUGGCCCGUCAUUCACCCUGCUCCAAUGCGCUCCUGUAUGGUGAGUGUGCGCUGGUAGACGUCAGAAAUGUCUCUCGACGGAAGCGCAUUACUAGAUGCUCAAUCCUCGAAACUCGUAGGCCUCGCUUUGCUUGGUUCUGCGUUUUGCCACAACGUCUAAAGCGAGCCGAGAGCGGCUCAGAGCAUGCCAGACCUGUUAGACAUAGAACAACGUGCUCGUGCCGCAGCCCAGGAAGGUGGUUGACAU